AUGUCACCUCUUGUUUUACUUGCGGUGUCUCUUACCUUCUUAGCCUGGCUCUUCUCGAAGCCUGCUGGGGUCACUGUCCCUCUCGAUAUUCCAACCGUCUCCUACGGCCGUUUUGUCCCUGACUUUGUCAACCGGAUCCUCUUCUUCGUCAAGGGCCCGGCUCUCAUUUAUGACGGCUACAGAAAGUACAAGGACGUGCCAUAUCGAGUGCGCAAAGUCGAUGCGGAUAUCAUCGUGCUCCCCGCCAAAUACCUUCCCCAUGUUCGACAAAUUCCUCACACAAAGUUGAGUCUUUUGGAUGCACAGUUUGAUAGUGUUUGUGGCCAGUAUACCGGUAUUCUGAUCGACAACAACUUGCCGGCCCACACUGUUACCAAAAAGCUGAAUCCAGCUCUGACUCGGCUUAUCCCCAAAGUUGUCGACGAGCUUCAGCAUGCCUUUGAAGUCGAAGUGCCCGAAUGCAACGAUAAAUGGGUUCCCGUCAACAUUUACUACCUGAUCUUGAAGCUCAUUAACCGGUCCACAUCCCGCAUAAUUGUCGGCGACACCCUCUGUCGAAGCGAACAAUGGCUCGACACCGUCACCAGAUACACAGAGAACCUAGGCCUGACAAUCAUCCUCCUUCGUCCUCUCCCCCGAUUCCUCCGUCCCUUAGUCGCGAGGAUCCUCCCAAGCGUCCGGUACCUCAACAAGACCCUCAAGUGGGUCACAGAGGGUGUCUUCGUACCGAUGAUUCUGCAACGCCGUGAAGCCGAAGCUAACGACCCCGAAUACCAGAAGCCUGAUGAUUUCAUGCAAUGGAUGAUGGAUAGCGCGGAGAGCGAAUUUGAUAAAGAUCCCGGGAAUAUCGCCCACGGGUUGAUGAUCAUCAUGGCAUUGGCUGUCAUUCAUACCUCCACUAUGCUCAUCACCCAGGGCCUGUACGAUCUCAUGAUCCGCCCCGAGUACCUAGAGCCCCUGCGUCAUGAGAUCGUUGAUACACUCAAAAAUGGCUGGGCAAAUGCUACCAAGGCCGAUUUUGCGGCCCAGGUUCGACUGGAUAGUUUCCUCCGUGAGUCUCAGCGCUUGCACCCUACCAGUGAAGUCAACGUCCAUCGAAUUGCGAGAGAAACAAUCAUCUUCCCCGACGGCUUCAUAAUCCCCAAAGGCACAUACAUUACCUUCCCAGCAGGCCCCCUCUCACGGGACCCAUCCCUCAUCGACUGCCCCGAAACCUUCGAUGGGUUCCGAUGGUGUAAGGGCCCUGAGGCUCGCAAUAAAAGCCUUGUCACGGUAAAUGAACUGAACCUGCAUUUCGGAUUUGGACGUCAGGCUUGCCCUGGCCGCCACUUUGCGGCGAACACGUCCAAGGCGAUUCUCAGCCGCCUCCUCGUUGAAUACGAUAUGAAAUUUGAGGAGGGGAAGGAGGGGAAGCGGCCUAUGAAUAUCCGGAACGGGGAGCAGAUUAUGCCCAAUUUUUACACGAAGGUUUUGAUUAAGAAAAGGCCGUUGAGUAUCUAG